GCGUCUGGACGGGAUCUCAAAUCAAAGCCGCCGGCCGGAGCUCGACUCGAGCUUCUACGUACUCUAAUUAAAUCACCCGGAUGAUUUACCCUUGCGGUUGCAGUAAAUGACGAAGUGAGGAUUGUCCCCUCUACAGCGCUCGCUUUGCGUCGCGGCGUCGACGAAGGCGAAUCGUCGAAUGGAAGCGUCCCCCCGACAGUUUUGAUCCAUGGGUUUCCGAUCGAGGAAGGAGGACGGCUUCGGUGGAUCUAAUGAGGGGCGAUUCGGAGACACCGGAGAGGCGGCGGAGGCGGCAGUGCAGGUGUAGGAUCUGAAGCCGGUGAACUCCCAGCAGAGCAUCACAUGGAGAGGCUUGGCUAAGCUCCUUCGCCCAACUCAAGGAGUUGAUCUGCAACCGCAGGUGUCAGGUGUGUGUUGUUCCCCUAUUCUCGUCUGUUUUCUGUGGUAUAAGAUUAGAAAUUUCGUUGGUUGAACUUGUAAUUCUGGUAAAAAUUCAGUGAAACCGGAUUAGAAUUUUUCAUAUUUGGUUCCUUUUACCUGUAGCACGAAUCAAAUAUUUAUCAACUUUGUUUCCAAUGUCAAUUACACUGAAUGUUCAUUCUGAAAAGCAUUCAAUUAGGCAGGAUUAGGAUCUACGCGGUGGAUUUUGAGUAUUUUAGCCAGAGGUGCAUUUAUUGUUGCUGCAUACUAGUUCUAAUGAGAUUAAAUUUGUGAAUUUAGAUUAAAAUAAAAUAUGUGUUUACCUGUAGCAAUUGCUUAGUGUUUAUUCUCAAAUCUUAAGUUUUUUGCUCGGAUUAUUCAAGCAGAAAUUGCAUUUUAAGGUAUUUAGAUGAAGAGGAUAAAAUAGAUUGAUAGUUACAUAUAGAUUUUGCUUAACAAUUGCAAGGAAAUGCAUUCAAGUACUUAACUGAAUUUUUUUCAGCCAAAUUAAUGAUUUCUAUCUGGUGGAGUAUGAUUCAUGUUUUGUAGCUUUAAUAUUUCUGUGCUUCUACAAUUCAGAAUUAUAAAACUGUCAUUAUCGGUUCCUAGCUCGGAUCAAAAACGCUAAGGCUUGCAUUGAACCUAGACAUCAACCUAUGAAAACCUAUGAACAUGAUUCUUAAAGCUCUUCAACUAGUUGGAGCAAGUCAUCCUUGCUUUCAACCUCGAACUCCUUGUCUGUGGUAGCAAUGUCAUUUGGAAAACUAGGGAGAGACGAUAGGAAGGUGAAGGUGGAUUCAUCAGAGAGGAAUGUAGAGGUUAACUAGCAGGGUUUGUGGACGGUAUGAGUUCACAAUAGGAUGAAGACACUCGUGGGAGAGGACCAAAUGGGUGGAGACGAAGUCUUUCUUCAAAAGCUCUUAAUUAGAUAACCAUGUUAUUGUAUUUUGUCAUUUCUUGAAUGAUGAUAUUCAAUAUGAAACUAAUCCAAAACAUCGGUGCCUUGACCCGGUUAAUAACCACGACCUACAUAGUUAAGGAAUAAAUAAAGCUACCAAGAACAAGUGGCUUAAUUCAGUCACUUAUUUCUCAUAUGAAUCACGUCAUUUGAUUAGAUUAAUUAUCUAAUGAUGAAACAAAGGCACUCUAUUAAUAUUCUUCAAUGUGUGUUUACUGAAUUAUACUAACUACCGCACCAUAAGUAAAGACCAAUAAGUGAAAGUUACACCUGUUAAAAUAAAAAAGAUAGUGAAAUCUAACCCAAAGUCAAACCUAAUUCAAAAUGUCAAACAUUUAAAUAAGCAAGUAGUAGCAAAAUCUAAAUCUUCUUCUAGAUAGAGUAUUAAAAUAACACAUUAUUUUCUAAAUAAGACUAGCAUGAAGGCCUCUUCGAGUAUAUCUUAAUUUGUUUGCACCAUAAAUUUUCAAGUGGAUUCUUGAACUAAUCUUGAAUACUAUUUGUGUUCAAAACCUCAAAGUUAUACUAAAUUGUAUUGUAUGUGUUUUUAAGUCGUCUCAUAAGUGCUAUCAAAUUAGUUCCCAUGUGUUACUAAAUUGUAUUGUAGUUGUUAUUGAAUUAUAUUAUAUGCGCUGCUAAAUUAUAUUGUAACUGUGUUAUCUAACUAUAUCAUAAUUGCUAUCAAAUUAUAUAUCUCGGUGCUACCCAAUCAAAAUAAGCUAUAAAAACUUUUUUAAUCAACAUUUUUCAUGAGUGAUAUUGCCUAAAUAAGGAAGGAAGACUAAAGAAGAUUUAAUUAACCAUGGUAAGAAAAAUAUGAUAAAAUUUAUUUAAAUAUAGAUACUUCAAUCUAACUUAAAAUCACUUGCACUUGAUUCUAACAAGUAAAAUCACUUGCACUUGAUUCCACUUGUUAGAGUUGCAUACAAUGUGGCAUCAGUAUCAGCUACACUUGCAAUUAAAUUAUGUCAAAGUCAUUAACUUUAUCUCAAUUUAAUUUUAAUCAACGUUUUUCAUGAGUUAUAUUGCCUGCCUCAGUAGGUUCCUGUCCCUUUCAAAGUAGGCUUCUUUCUCUGCCUUAAUCAAUUAAUUAGUGCUCCGGAUUAGGAACAUAAUUAUAAUUUAAUAACUAGUUGAGUUUGUGCAAUGCACUUUGUUAAUCUUAAGCUUAAUUAUCAAGUGUUGUUCAUUUUAAGAACUUUUGAUGGAAAGGGGCUUUGUUUUUAUUAUUUUUAUACUUAAAAAAUUUCAUUUAUGAAAUUCUUUCUUUCUAGAAGAUUAUGUGGAUUUUUUUUAUUUGUUUGCUUAUUUAUUAUUAUUAUUAUUUUAUUCAGCAGAUGCAGUGGCUCUCAAGAUAGAAUAAUCUUAAAUUGUUAAUUGGGUCCAAUUAUAAUGAUUCAUGGUAAUUUUCUUGUGUCGAAGUAGAGUAUCAUUAAUUACACAGAGAAUUUAAAUUUAACAUUAUGUUUUAGUGAGGCAAUAAGUAUAUUCCAUUAUGGCCAAUUAUAAUUUUAUAGUUUAAGAGGUGAAAAAUGAAAUCCCAAAACUGGUAAAUAUAAUAUUGUUACAGAAUUUAAAUGUAUAUAAUAUAAAUAAAAUAAUUUAAUAUGAUUUAGUAAGUUUACUCCAAAUGGAGAAAUCGAAAUUAUAUAAUAUGUAGAAAAUAUCACAAUAAACAAAGAUAAAUUCAUUACUCAAUUUUGAAAGUGAUUAUGAAAAUCGAUGGAUUGGACAUGAAAAAUGGACAAAGGAGUACGUGCGAGAUGAAGAAAGAUAAACAAAGAUAGUCCAUUUGAAUAGAGCCGAAUGAACAAGGCAAUCGGACCAAACAAAUUAUGCUAGAAAGGACCAAAACUGGGUGGAUAGGUCAAAAUGAAUUAACAGAAUUAAAUGGAUCAAAAAGUCAAAAGUGAUCAAAGACACUACGGAGUUAAGAAGCCAUUUUAUUUUAUCUCACGGUAAUAAAUAACAAAGAGUCAAAUUAAUAUCGCAAGUGGCCGAAAAAUAAUGAAACGCUUCCGGAAGAUUUGUUCACUCGCCCACUAGUGUGCGGAUUCUGUAGCUCAUCCCGGACGCCGAACAGCGAGACGAGCCAUUCAGAGAGCCGCCGCGUGUCCCACCUCGUUCGAAGUCCACGGGCCCCUGGAUUUUGUGCCGCCCGCGCAGGUGGUUUGACUUUGACCUCAAUAAUUCCACUACUUUAAAUAAGGUAAGUAAUUAACUGGUUAACUAAUCCCAUUGCCUCUUCCGAUCCCGAGAGCGAUUUGUUUUAAUAAAUAAGCCGAAACCCGCCAUGGCCAAGCAAAAUGUCAACGCCAAAAUGGAGAGUUUUUCUCUUUUGGUUUUUUAUUUUUUAAAUUUUUUUAAAAAAGAAUUAUUUCUUUUAGAAAAAAUAAAUGUAUUUGUUGAGUUCAACGCCUCCAAAGUCAACUCUCCAUCCUCCCUCUCCACUCUCAUCUUCUGCCUCUCUAGAUUUUGAUGCUCCUACCGUCUCCGUGAUCUCUCGUUUUCACAUCGAUGGGUAAUCGCGCGGCGAAAUUGAGUCCCUGCUUCCUGGCCGGAGGUUGCCCUGCUGGCAGCGCCGCGGCCGCCGUCGCGUCGGAGCCCGUCGAUGAGGGGCUCGGCCACUCCUUCGUCUUCGUCGUCCCCGACGUGCCCCGUCUCGCCCGAUCCAGCUCCAACGCCUCCGCCCGCAUCCUUCACAGCGACGAUGGCUGCGGCGGCGGCGCCGCCUUCCGGUCGAUAUCUGGCGCAGCGGUAAGCGCCAACGUGGCCACGCCGCUCUCCACGGCGCCGCUCUUCCAGCGCAUCGAGCUCGCCUGCUCCUUCUCCGCCUCCUUCGAGAGCUCUUCCUCGUUCGCCUCGAUUCCCCUGCAGCCGCGUCUCUCUGGUUCGUUCUCCGGCCCCAUCAGCUCCGACCGCCAACACUUCCACUCCGGCCCCAUCGACGGCGGCUUCCACUCCGGCCCCAUCGAGCAUAUCCACUCUUCCGGAUUCUCUUCCGGCCUCCUCGACCGCCGCCCCUCCACUUCCUCCUCCUCCGGCCACAACUACCGCACCCUGUCCCAGCGCGUCGCCGACCGCCUCGCAGACUACCAGCGCCGCAAUCUUCUCCGCCGCAUCACCAAAUGCGUCGGCCGCGCCGCCUCCAAGCUCACCUGCAUGCCACCGCCGCCCGAAGCUAAUCCCUCCAAGGAACCACCACCGUCCGCCACCGCGACUUUGACCGACAUCAAAGGCGGGAUCUUCCCCGACUGCGCCACCGAACCCAGCAGCAACUCGACCACUAUCCAAAGCAGCGGCACCGAGGCGACCAACUCCGACUCCAUCGGCGACGAAUCCGACUUUCACGACGGCACCAACGCCCACGUGCACUGGGCGCAGGGAAAGGCCGGCGAGGACCGGACGCACGUGAUCGUGUCGGAGGUGCACGGGUGGGUGUUCGUCGGCAUCUACGACGGCUUCAACGGCCCCGACGCCACCGAAUUCCUCCUCGCCAAUCUCUACAAAUCCAUCCAGAAGGAGCUCAAAGGCCUGCUCUGGGACGACAAGCCCCAAGCCGACCAAGUGCUCGACGAAAUCCCCCGCCCAGAAAUUCCGCACCCCAAAUCAACCUCCUCCGCCGCCCCCGCCUCCGGCGGAGCGGUGGAUCACAGGGCGGUGCUGAGGGCGCUGUCGCAGGGGCUGAGGAACACGGAGGCGGCGUUCCUGCAGAUGGCCAACAAGAAGGCGGCCACCAACCCGGAGCUGGCGCUGAUGGGCUCCUGCGUGCUGGUGAUGGUGAUGAAGGGCGAGGACGUGUACCUGAUGAACGUCGGCGACAGCCGCGCUGUGCUAGCCCGGCGGGCGGAGUCCGACCUCUGGAACUUGGUCGGGAAGGCGACGCAGGAGCUGAGGGAGGAGACGCUCAAGUACCUGGAGUCCUUCGACGACGAGGAGCUGGCGGCGCUGCAGCUCACCCCGGAUCACAGCACCUCCAACGACGACGAACUGAGGAGGAUCAGAGGCGAGCACCCCGACGACCCGGCCGCCAUUGUCAAUGGCAGAGUGAAGGGAUCGUUGAAGGUUACGAGAGCAUUCGGAGCAGGAUAUCUGAAGCAGCCGAAAUGGAACAAUGCGCUGCUGGGGGCGUUCAGGAUCGACUACAAGGGCAACUCGCCCUACAUCACUUGCAAUCCCUUCCUCUGCUACCACAGAGUGGGGCCCAAGGACAAGUACCUCAUCCUCUCCUCCGACGGCCUCUACCAGUACUUCACCAGCCAGGAAGCGGUGACCCAGGUUGAAAUGUUCCUCGCAACGAAUCCCGACAGCGAUCCGGCUCAGCAUCUGGUCCAAGAAGUCUUGUACCGAGCCGCCGACCGAGCCGGGCUUCAAUUUAACCAAUUGCUCGAUGUACCACAAGGAGACAGAAGAAAAUACCAUGAUGAUGUUUCCAUCAUCAUCAUCUCUUUAGAAGGAGGGAUGUGGCAGUCCUCCUGUGUGUAAAUAAUAAAUUCAGAGAUUAUAUUUUUCAUUAAGAUGUUCUUUAAUUUCUCAUAGCAAUUCAAGAGAUGAGAAUGAGAUGAUUAAUUAUGUUCAGGAGCAAAAGGAGAUUAAU